AUGAGUGGAAUUUCGACGGAAGGGCAUAACGAGGAUGGAGGAGGCACAUUCCAAGGCAGAACGGGAGGGUGGCCUUAUCUUGGGGAGCGAGUGAAUCGCCUUAUCGAGAAGCAGGGACAGGCGCGGGUGAAGCCGGACCACCCCCUGCCAUUGGCCCAGCCGGGCCCGUCUUAUCUCUUCCUAUUGGGACUCAUACCGUGGGUCCGUUUUACUGCUACUUUUCUCUCAUCCUCUUUAGACUCCAUAGCCAUCACGUAUUGUCACUGUCCUAGACGUCGUCUUGAGCUCUUGCGUCAACCCUCUUCUUCUCAAGCUGCGCAGGAAGAGCUACGAGAUCAAGCAAUGGCGUGCUCAGCAGUUGCCACCAGCGUGAGCGCGGCCCUUGUGCCCGCAACCCAGGCGUGGGAGGGCAAGACUUUGUCGCGUCAGGGUCUCGCUCUGGCUGCUCCGCCCAGGGCAUCCAGGAUGGUCGUCAACAGAAGCAGGGUUGUCAUGAGUGCUACCCCGUCAGACAAUAAGGUGGUAAGCUUGACUAGCCUCGCCUUGUUGGCUGCCGCCGUGGUUCCCGAGAUCGCUGAAGCCGCUCAACCAGGAGUAUCUCCUUCUUUGAAGAACUUGCUCCUCAGCGUAGUGGCAGGAGGAACUGUGCUGACGGUGAUUGGUGUCGCCGUUGCCGGAGUAUCAACAUUCGAUCCCGUCAAGAGAAAGUAGAUCAUGAGUUUUUCUUAGUGUGACCAAUCUGUCGACUUGAUUUUCUAAUUCUAUCGUAAACACGUUAUCACUUCUAUGGCCUGUACCUUUCAAUGAGAUGGUUUACGCAUGUCGGUGCUUUAUAUACUAUUUGUCCCAGAUGCGGGAAAUAAUGUCCAUCUCACAUUGUGAUUUGUGAAGUUCUAAUCCUUCGGGCAGUUUGGAUAAUGUUGUUGAGAUACUCCUCUGUAGCGAAGGCCAAUGAAAUUCAGCAACUUUACUGUAAGUGGAACGGUCUUGAUCGAAGUAAAAACAUCAGGUCUUAAAUUA